AUGAACACAGAUAGUAGGAGUACCAAUGUUAUUGUGGAUGAACUAUUGACUAAGAUCAAUGGACAGAGAUUGGAAUGUGAUCUGUUGGUAUCAUUGUUCUAUUCAUCGGCUACAUCAUCCAGAAGGUUCUCAGUAUGUGAACCAUUCCCAUCGGCAUUCAAGUCUCCAACAGGUUCAAAGCAGUUUGAUAACAUACUUGAAUCACUCAAUACAUUGCCUCCACUUUCACUACUAACAACUAAAGAAUCAUUGUAUCAACUACCAACUGAGUCAUUAAAGUUGCUGGACUUUAUUGUAAAUAACAACAACAACGACUUCACCGUCAAGCUUAUCGAUUAUAAAGAGUUUGAAAGAGAGACACUCUAUCUUGAAGACCUGCUUGAACAUUUAAAGACAUCGCAACUACCUUCAAAGGUGUUCCGAUUCAACUAUGAUCCAACUGUGAAGGAGAAGAAUGCAGAGUAUGAUCGUCUGGCUAAACAGUUUGGUACUUUAUUUGGCUAUCACGGUAGCGCCAACGACAGUUGGAACAACAUCAUCAGGGGUCGUGGAUUUGCCAAUCAAUACAUCUCUGAAACAUGUCUAUUUGGUCAUGGAUUUUACUUUAGCUCCGACAGCAAGGUGUCGCACUCGUUUGUCAAGUAUGGACGCUGGUGGGACAAGUCAGAGUUUGGCGACCGUGUUGGCUGUCUCUCUGGCUGCGACAUCAUCGAUACGGACCAAACGAAUCGAGGCAUCAAAGUUUCUCCUGCCACCUCUCCACUGCCCUCACCUCGUCCAACAGUCUACACUGAAGAGGACAAGGAGUUGCCGGAUCACUACAUUCUCUCCAAGAUAGGUGGCCACAUCCGUGUAAAGUAUCUUCUCUUGUUUGAGGAUCGCAGCAACAGCAGUGGCAGUUCACAGACGAUACCAUCACCUACACCUACAUCACCUGGCGCCACGACUAGCAGUAGUCCAGCUGUUGCCACAGCACCAGCAGCAGUAUCAAUUUUCACAAGAAUAUCACAAUGGAGACCAUCACCUCUAUCAAUAUUGGUAUUCUCAUUCAUCAUUUACAUGGCAGUGUUGGUCUUUGUUGGCCGCUCACAGCCCAAGAAGAAGCCGACCAAGCCACUCUACUUCCAAUCAAGGUUAGAGCUGUAG